UUGUAUGAUAUACCAUCAAAAUGGUUCUUUACUUUGCUGACUGAAAAUUAGAGUAGAUAUAUGACCACAAAGGGUUAAAAAACAGUUUUAAGAUCAUUUGGAUUUUGAUAUAAAUAUGGUGUAUAAUUACUGUACGACGUAACAGUAGUCAUAAUGAUUUGAUCCAACGCGACAAAACUUACGAUGUAAAUUUGUUAACGCCCCGAUAAUAAGGAGAUUGAGUUUGGUAAUUGGUACUUCUUCGUUCUUUUCUUCUUUUUUAUUGUUUUGGAAAACUACAAAAUAUUUAUUUGCACAUAUUUUUCGAAUGCAAAUAAUAUAACUUCAUUAAAAUGUUUCUUUAUUAUUUAAUGUUAAUAUUACGCGCAGCAGUUAUUUUAUAAGAAUUUUUCGUUUUAUUCUGAAACUUAAAAUUCAAAAUACUGCCUUGUAAUGUUAGAACUUUCGAGAUAUAUAUUAAGUAUUAUUAUUAAGUUGCCACUAUUUUUAGCAUUCAUUCUGGCCACGAUCUGCUGUUGCGUUUACAUUGGCCUUGGUCCAGAACAAUGAAUGCCAACCGUUAGAAAAUAAUUUGCGAUCGUUACUAAGGUCAAUGAAGGCUGAAGUUAGUUUGUAAGUUAGUUGGUCAGUCAGUCAGUCAGUCAGUCAGUCGUACACCGGCGUUCGAAAAUAAGCAAAUUUGUGAUACUUUAACCGUGCAUAGAGUAUUCUAUACCCUCGUGAGUUCUGUAAAUUCUAAGCCAGUUGUACAUUAAAAACUGCAAAAUGACUACAGAAGGAAAGAAGAGGGUAUGCAUUGUAGGAAGCGGCAAUUGGGGUUCAGCCAUUGCAAAAAUUGUAGGUGCCAAUGCAGUCAAAUAUAACAACAUAUUUGAAACACGCGUGACAAUGUAUGUUUACGAAGAAAUAGUGAACAGUCAAAAGUUGACUGACAUCAUAAAUCAGUUGCAUGAAAACGUGAAAUAUCUUCCUGGGCACAAAUUGCCAGAAAAUAUUGUUGCCGUCCCAGACGUCGUUGAAGCUGCCAAAGACGCGGAUAUUCUUAUUUUUGUAAUACCUCAUCAGUUUAUACGAACACUGUGUGCAACAUUGCUCGGUAAAAUUAAACCAACCGCGAUUGGUGUAUCAUUAAUUAAGGGUUUUGAUCGAGGUGAUGGAACGAAUAUCGAAUUAAUUUCUAAAAUCAUUGAAAAAAAUUUAAGAAUCCAAUGUUACGUUUUAAUGGGAGCAAAUCUAGCUAACGAAGUUGCCGAGGAGAAGUUCUGUGAAACAACUAUUGGUUGUAGAGAUAAACGUUUAGCCCCAGUGUUAAGGGAUCUUAUUCAAACUCCUAAUUUCAGAGUUGUAGUUGUUGAAGACUGUGAAGCUGUUGAAGUAUGUGGUGCCUUAAAGAAUAUCGUGGCAUGUGCCGCUGGUUUCGUAGAUGGUAUGGGACUAGGUGAUAAUACAAAAGCAGCUGUUAUUAGAUUGGGAUUAAUGGAAAUGGUCAAGUUCGUAGACACAUUUUACAGUGGCUCGAAACUUUCAACGUUCUUCGAAAGUUGUGGUGUAGCAGAUUUGAUAACUACUUGCUACGGUGGAAGAAAUCGCAGAGUUUGCGAGCAAUAUGUUAAAACUGGAAAAACUAUUAGGCAGCUCGAAGAUGAACUUUUAGGUGGUCAAAAAUUGCAAGGACCAGCCACAGCUGAUGAAGUUCACGGAAUGCUGAAAGCUAAGAAUUUGCUAGAAAAAUUCCCGUUAUUUACUGCUGUACACCGCAUCUGCACUGAACAAAUAAGACCAGCAGAUUUACUUGACCAAAUUCGUAACCAUCCUGAACAUGUGAUGAAGAUCGAAGGUGGUAACUGAAUGCUAUAAGUUACGAAAUGUAAACAUCUUGACAGCUCUAAAAAAACACUUAGAAAUCAUUAAAAGAAAAAAUCAAUUAUUAGAAAAAAUGUAAUAUUACAGAUAUUUUGCAAUAAUUAGUUAUAAUUGGCUACUGUUUUUCUCCUGAUGAUUAAUAUACAAUUGUUCUAUAAAAUACGUAA